AUGCCGGGGAGCGUUCUCCUUCCAGCCACGAGGAGAGGCAGGUACCUCGCGAACAUCAUUAGGAGACAGGCUGUGAUGAAUGCUGAAGCCAAGAAGAAGGUGGAUGUAUUGUCUGAGGAAUUGUUGCCCUACAUCAUAGCGGAGCAGGAGAGACGCACCACACUCUACAAGAGGAUCAUGACAGCCAUACAGAACGGAGAGAAGGGAGUCACCAUCGCUGAGAUCAGGAACAAGCCGCCCCUCAUCAUCAGAAAAGGCUGGUUCAUUACUACACGAACUAUAAGACAAGUCACUGAACGGCAUAGUCUGUUGUACCGGUGCCCUUCAAACCGGGCUCCCAAGGAACCAGACGGCUCUGGGUCUCUCAUGUGUGAAGAUGACUUGGAGCCGACCCAGGUCAUGUAUGACUCGUGUUUGAGCGCAGAGGAUAAGGAACUCUAUGUAGCUGAGAAUAAGUACUUCUUUUGCAACCGUCAUAAGGUAGAAGGUCCGGACCUUCCUCGUAAUGGUAGCACGGUGAUCGGCUGCGCGCCCAUAGAAAGGACCUCGCUCAACUAUACCACGAGCAAGUGUGCGCUAGAAGACACCGAUGACGUGGUCGUGCACUAUAGAUACUACCCCGACAGGUCGUACAAAUUCGUGUCGGAGCUAGACCCGGACCGUGAGGUGUGUGACCACUGGAACCCUUGUCAGAUAGGGUACAUAUACAGUCUGCCCUCGCCGGACCUCGCGCUGCCCGCCAACGAGCUGUGGCAGGAUAGUUCCGAGGAGUUCGUAUCUCCGUCAGCUAAGAACUACACGAGUAGCACCAAGAGGCUUCCCGUACCUGAAGGAUACACAUUCGUCUACAUCACGGGAUACUCUGUCAAUGAUAAGGAAGUGGACAAGAACGGAAAACUGGUGUACAAGCUGCGUAAACUGGAUCGUUCCUUAUACACCACUAAGCUCAGUAACCAUGACCGCUUCAUCAGUGUGACGCUGGACUUCCCUCACUGGUCAAGUUCCUACUAUCAGCAGUAUCAGGUCGCGUUCGCUAAGACACCGGACACCAAGCCGUAUAAAUAUGUGCCAUUCCUUAGAUUGUCUGAAGGCACGGCCAACAUAAUCUCCAGACGCCUGGAGCUGCUGCAGGGCCAGCAGGCGAACAGCACCCUCAUACCUUACAGGUGUGAGAGGUGCAGACUCAUCAACCUCAUGGUGCGCGCCGGGGACGGAAACGCUCACCAGUUCCUCCAGAUCUUGUUGGAGAGCAUGAGGCCCCAGGACUUCGGAGACUACUUCGCCGUCCUACAAAACGCGGACGGCCUUGAAGAAAGAGUCAAAGUACUAUCAGUGUUGUUUAUCAAGACGGAUCGCCUCACGACCUCUCUAAAGGUCGGAGGUCACUUCGACCACGCCAUGACCUACAAGUGUGAGGAGUGUCAGCUGACGGACAUCCUCUGUAACGGACACAGCGCGCUCUCCACGGGCCGGGUCACCGUCAUACCUGUGUCUAAACUGAUCAACUUUAACUUCCCGAGGUUUGAAGAUACCAACGCCUGCGUGUAUAUCGGCUUCUUCAAGCAAGACGGAAAAGUUUAUCAGAAAAUAUUGGGAGUUAUAGAAAAGGUCACAAUACCAUAUAAGAAGGUGGUGGAUGCCCCUAAGGAAGGAGAACAAUUCCAGUACCAGGUCCCAUACAACUGUGACAAUUGUUUGGUUGAUAGGGUUUACUGUGAUGGAAUACAAUUAGAACUGAUGAGUUCGACUCGUAGGAGCGGAGUUGGGUCCAUCGGAUAUUAUGAGGUGAGUCCCACAGACAUUACGAUCAGGAUCACGGAGUUCAGUCCGACCUUCGAGGGUGUGUACCAGGCUGUGUUCGUGCUGGGCGGAGACACAGUCAGCAAGACUAUACUGGAAAUACGUGAUCCUGAAGCUCAUGAGGGAGAGGACUCGGACCAAGAAGAGACUACCGAACCUCUGGAAGCGACGACAGAGGUCGCCACAGCCGCUGCCUCAGAGGAAGCUACUACUGAGGCUGCUACCACCGCUGCUCCAAAGUGA